AUGGCCCAUGCAGUGCCAGCAGCCAAGACGAGUUUGGUUGUAACGCUGAGCACGUGCCAACAUCCAGAGUCGGCGCAUGCUUUCGCUGUUCCUGUUGACGACGUCGUUGGGGUAGCUGUAGCAGUUCAGACGCUUCAGAAGGCCAGUGCAAAGUUGGGAUUUCGGUCGGAGGAUGUCGUUGACAUUACGAGGAGCUCAAUGCGGGACUGGACAGCACAGACGCGUCCGUCCUGCCAUCCCUUCCCUUCUGCUGGAGAGCGCUGCUGCUGCGGAGCGGUUACAGCGGUUGAUGAUUCAGGUGGGCCUGGUUUUGAUCAAGGUCAUGUUGCCGCGCUGAUGCAGGAGCUCUUUCAUGAUGCGUUGCGAGAAGCCAGGUUGAGACCACAAGCCACCGGCGUCUUGCAUGUUCUGCCCAGAGCAGAGCGCCCCACUCUGCCUGUGAUGGAAAGCAGACUGCCCAGUGAAGCUCUUCCCACCGCGGUCAGACACAGUGAACCUCAGCAGUCACUGGACAAGCAUGAGCUGCAGCUUCGCAAGAAAUCUCCCAGAAGUCUACGCCAAGACGCGCAAAACCUAUGGACAGCUCUGGAGAAGUCUAAGGUGUACAUUCCUCCGGUUCCAGACGCUCCUGCAUCCCAUGACCGAUUCCAUUUAGAGCGGCAUGGGCAUGGAAGGGGCAAUACCAAGAGCACCAAGAAAAGGAGAAAGCGAGAGGAUCGCGCAAGCCUCUGUCGCUUGAUUCUCCACUUGGAGCAGCUGGCCCUCGAACAUGGCGUCUGUGUCACACACACGCAGAGGCCCUCUGGAGAGGCUCACGGGGCGGAGAGCACCAGCGACAGUGCCUCUGAGGGCAUCUGA